GAAUGUCACGUAUGCCAAUGGUAUUUGAAACUGUUAAAUUAAUAUUCGGUAAAGAACCAAGUAAAAGUGUCAACCCUGAUGAAGCUGUUGCUCUUGGAGCAGCAAUUCAAGGUGGUGUGCUUUCUGGAAAAAUAACCGAUAUUCUCCUUCUUGAUGUCACGCCACUUUCUUUGGGUAUCGAAACACUUGGAGGUGUUUUCGCUAGAUUGAUUAAUCGUAAUACAACCAUUCCUGCUAAAAAAUCUCAAGUAUUUUCAACCGCAUCUGAUGGUCAAACACAAGUCGAUGUACGUGUUUAUCAGGGCGAACGUGAAUUAUGCCGUGACAAUAAAUUGUUGGGUAACUUCCAAUUAGAUGGAAUCCCGCCAGCUCCAAAAGGAGUACCACAAAUUGAGGUGUCCUUUGACAUUAAUGCAGAUGGUAUCGUCAAUGUUUCAGCCCAAGACAAAGCUACUAAUCGUGAUCAAUCUAUAACAAUUGUAGCAUCAUCAGGUCUAACCAGUAAUGAAAUCAACAAGAUGAUAGAUGAGGCUGAAAAGUUUGCUGAAUCAGAUGCAAAACGUAAAGAUGUUAUUGAGGCAGCUAAUCAUGCAGAAUCAGCGAUUCAUGAAACAGAGAAAAAUUUAGAUCGAUUCAAAAAUGAAGUGGAUGCUGAGGGUGUCACUAAGCUUAAAGAAAAAAUAGAGAAAUUAAGAGGUGUAGUUGCAAAAGGAGAAGAUGCAAAUGCUGAAGAAAUUAGACAAGAAAUGUAUGAAUUACAACAAGACAGCAUUAAAUUGUUUGAACCAUUGCACACUAGAAAUAAUAGUUCAUCGUCAUCAGAAG